CAGAGGAAACGCCGCCCAUCAGGUGCGUUCAGCCCAGGAGACUCGCACUUUCCACCCGCGACGCUGCAGCUCUUCACUCCGACUGUCGGCGGGCAGUUUCCACUUGAGCAUUUCUUUUAAUAAAUGUACAUGAAGGGACGUUUACAUAGCAAAUAGGCCGACUCGGGUGGAACCGAGGCAGUUUAAAUGUUUAAUCUCAUGUAUUGGAUAUGGCCUCUGCUUGUUUUGGGAGGAUUCGUGAUUCCAGGAGUGUCUGGAAUAGUUAUUUACACUCCAACUGAGGUGGUAGCAGUCAAUGGGACCGAUGUUAAACUGAAGUGCACCUUCACCUCCAGUCAGCGGGCAUCACUGCAGUCAGUCACAGUAUCAUGGAACUUCAGACCCCUGAUUGCAGGAAAUGAGGAGUCGGUAUUUUACUACCACGAUGUUGCAUACCCUCCAAAUGAAGGGCGUUUUAAAGGCCGUGUAGUAUGGUCGGGGGAUAUUGCGAGACGAGACGCCUCCAUCACCCUGCAGGAGGUGCCUCCGACCUUUAAUGGGACCUACAUCUGCCAGGUUCGCAACCCUCCAGAUGUGCACGGCAAUAAUGGCGAACUGGUCCUCAAAGUUGUCAACAAAGUGGCCCUCUCUGAGAUCGCUAUCCUGGCCGCUGCAGUAGGAGGAGCCUGCGGUGCAAUUUUGAUCAUCCUUGGUUUCAUCGUGGCAGUGAGAUACUUCAGGAAAAGGAAAAUGGAUACCGACAUUGAGAUGCGGCCUGAAGAGUACGAGAAGGCAGACCCAACUUUGUGUUCACCUGCGGAGGCAGUCCAUCUGAUAGCAAUCAAGAAGGAAAAAGAAGCUCCGAGUUCGGACGAUGAAGAGUCUGAGCCGAGCAGCGGGGAUGAUGGCGAAGAGGAAGGCCUUGAUGAAGAGGACGAUGAUGACGAUGACGACGACGAUGGCGGCGACGACGAUGAUGAUGACUAGAUAGACGUGCAUUUUUGCAAAAGUAAACGUUUUUAAUGGAUUCCGAUUUAAUGAAAUUUUGGAUUUUUAAAUAGAUUAAAAUGAAAUAGGCCAAACCAGAGAUGUAUUAAUCUUCAUUUUUAUUACCCUCGGUGCAGACCGACCACUCAGAGCUUAGUUCAGAGAAGCUCACUUCUCCAUCCUUCCUGCUGUUUUCAGAUCUGGGGUGACUAAGACCUAAAACGUCCGAUUUUACAUGUAGUUCAGCAUUUGUAAGGUUGAUGUGCAAAGUAUUUGAAAUGUCCCAUGAUUUUUUUUUUUUUCGGUUAUUUAUUCUAUGAUUUCUAGCCCUGUGUCUUGUUUGUUGUGUUGUACAUGAGCCAGCGUUGCUGUGCUCUAAUAAUUUGAAUGGAUUUCAGCUCAAAUGCUGUAAAUGUAUUGCUCUACACUGGUGUUCUCCAGAUGAAUUUGGCUCAUCACCAACGCCGGCCCUAACCAGUCCAGGUGGUCCAAAAUCUGUCCAUCCUGUCCACAUCUUCCCAUUUCUCCAUUUUUUU